AUGACGGAGGCAUUGGUGGAGGGUGUGUCUGGCGCCCUCGGAGGGUGCGUGGCAACCAUCGCAACCUACCCUCUGUCAACGUUCCAGCAGAUUCUGGGCUCCCAGGGCUGGAAGGGCCUGUUCCGGGGUCUUGAGGCCGCGCUGGUGGGCACCACCGUCAGCCAGGGCGUGUACUUCACCCUGUACAGCCUCCUGCGCGGCGCAGCCACGGGCGACAUCCCCGGGGUCACGCUCACCGUGCCCCAGUCCCUGGCGGUCGCGUCGUUGGCGGGGGCGGGCAACGUGCUGCUGACCAACCCCAUCUGGGUGGUGGCCACGCGCAUGCAGGCGCACCGACGGGCGGUGAGGGGUGGCAAGACGGGCGACGGGGACGUCAUCCACCCGGAGGUCCCACCCAGGGCCUCCGCCCUCUCAGUCAUCCGCGAGGUCUUCCACGAGUAUGGUGUCCCUGGCUUCUGGAAUGGCUGCCAGGCCUCUCUGGUCAUGGUCAUCAACCCCACGCUGCAGUACACCCUGUACGAGUGGCUGGCAGGAGUGCGGGCCAAGUUGAGAGCCCAGCAGACAGGCAAGGUGACCCGCGCCAGCGCCCUGGAGGUAUUCAUACUUUCCGCUCUGGCCAAGGCCGGGGCCACGGUGGUCACCUACCCCAUGCUGACGGUGAAGACGCGGAUGAUGACGGCGCGGCGAGGGGACGCAGACAUGCAGUACUCCUCCGUGGGCGACGCGGUGGCCAAGAUCUGGCGAACGGAGGGCGUGCCGGGGUACUACCAGGGCCUGCGCCCCAAGCUAGUGCAGAGCGUGCUGGCCGCGGCGCUGCUCUUCAUGGCCAAGGAGGAGAUCACGGCGGCCACCCGCCGCCUCCUCCUCGCCCGGCCCGUCCGCGCAACGAGCUGA